GACCCCCUGUUUAUAGCGACGUUCUGUCUUUAGUGACCAUAGUUAGGUGCGCCGAACAGUUUUUACUAUAUAAAUGGUCUGUAUGUAGCGACUCCCUGUCUAGUCCGUACAACGACCGUGAUUUAGUGUCUCCCAUUACGGUAUAUAGACCGUGCAUAGCGACUUUUGCAAGGGGAGUAACUCGAAUAAACCUAUUUUAUUGUAUUGUUGGAGUUAUUCGUCCUGUGCGAAUUGCAUUGUGGUUAAAAUGGCGGCGAAAAGAAAAUUCCUUUCGUUAGAGGAAAAAUGUAGUGCCAUAAAACUGCUUGAAAAUGGCAUGCCGGCCUAUAAAGUUGCAGAACAACUUGGCGUUGGAAAAACGCAGAUUCAAAACUUACGGAAACGAAAAUCGGAGGUCAUGACUGAUGUGGAGAACAAUGUUCCUUUAUCAACAAAACGACGUCGACAUUGUACAGGCAAUGAGGAUAUCAAUCACCUAACUUAUGAAGGGUUCAAAGAUGCAGUUAGUCGGAGAAUUCCGGUUACAGGUCCAAUGCUUCAAACCAAAGCUUCCGAGUUUGCCAAGCAACUUAAUGUAGACACUUUUAAAGCUUCUAAAGGUUGGCUGCAAAGUUUUAACACCAGAAAUAAUAUAUCUUUUGGUACAAUGAGUGGCGAAAGGGGAGAUGUAAAAGAACAAACUGUUUCGGAUUGGAAAAAAAAUUUCCCAAUUUAUGUGAAGGUUAUGAGGAAAAGGACAUUUUCAAUAUGGAUGAAUCUGGGCUAUUUUUUAAAGACACCCUUCGCAAAACAUUACAUUUUCAAUCUCAAGACUGUGCAGGUGGCAAGAGAUCCAAAGAUCGCAUAACUAUAGCCUUGUGUUCGAGCAUGCUUGGGGAAAAACUGAAAGCAUUAGUGAUUGGUAAAUAUCGAAGCCCAAGAUGUUUCGGAAGGAUUGAUCCUAAAAUGUUGCCUGUUCAUUACUACCACAACAAAAAAGCAUGGAUGACAAGCUAUAUCUAUGAAGAUUUCCUGAAAACAAUUAAUAGACAAAUGAAAAAUGAAAAAAAGAAACAUUUUGUUGUUUGUGGACAAUGCCCCUAGCCACCCAAAUUUAUCAUUUAGCAACAUGAAGGUUGUGUAUUUCCCACCUAAUACAACCUCCAGAACCCAGCCGAUGGAUCAAGGAAUCAUCCAAACUACCAAACUGAAAUUCAGAAAACGUCAGCUAUUACACCUUACCAAAGAAAUAGACAGGCAUCCAACAGCAACAGGCACAGAUCUCCUAAAACAGAUUACCAUCUUGGAUGCCAUUUAUUGGUUAAAAAAAUCAUGGAAUGAAGUUGAGGGCUCAACAAUUAAAAGGUGUUUUGAAAAGUCUGGCUUUGGGACAGCUUCUGCACAGUUGCUGGAUGGAGAUUCUACAUCAUUAGACAGGACAGAUCAAGAACCAUCUGUGAAUGAUCAAGCCGGUGAUGACAAUGACGAUGAUGAUGUGCCACUUGCAUCAUUAAAACUAGCAUAUGAGCUGUUCGGCUGUUCUUACAAAGAACUGUCAUCCAUUGACAAGCUUGUGCACACAUGUGACACCAAUGCUAUGGAUUGGAGUUUGAAUCCACAUGACAUUCUCAAAAAUCAAAGAAAUCAAAACGGUUCCAUCUCGAGUGAUGAGGAAGAGACUCCUGACUUGCAAACUGCAACUUCAAGCAUUUCACUCAGUGAUGCUCAUGAUAUGGUCACCAAACUCAAACUUUUUACUGUCAAGUCUGGAAAUGUAUCUCUCAUGAACACAAUUGAUGAGUUGAAUGAACAACUGACACUAAUGUCUGUGAUGAAAUUAAAACAAACAAAAAUCAGUGAUUUUUUUAAUAAGCAGAGAACAAAUUGAACAACAUUUUUUCCUAACAAUUUUUAUUACAUGUAUAUCAAAAGAAUACUUAAUCUUUAUUUAGUUUAAUUUUUAUUCUACUGUAUGUGUAUAAUUGUAGAUAGUGUGUUUUAUCAGUUAAAUUGAUUUUAAAUAAUGUAUUUGUUACAAACAGCUUU